GGCAGAAUAAGCUAUAUAAGACAUCUUGGCGUUAUCUGGUCACUUGUAGCGUGGACUCACAACUCCGCACACUCUCUAUCAUAACCUUGGAUCUUACACUGUAGUCUUCCCCAGUACCCUAACUUUGAGUUGACCAUGAAUUGUCACCUUGCCAAUUUGUUAGCAGCGAUUUUACUGCUCGUGAUGGUCACUAACGUUUCGUCAGUAAGUCUAGGAGAAUGGACUAACACCCGAUCUUCCGCCAACAUCUGCCAUAACGGAGGGAUAAUGAUCCUUGACAGUUUCUGCAUAUGUCCCAUUGGAUAUGGUGGUCAAUACUGUGAAAGCAAGCCUUGUGGCGCAGUUGCCCACGAUGAAAAACUCACCGUACAAUGUAAUACCUGUCUGUGUCGAGACGGGAAACUCUACUGUGUACCACUGGGAUUCCCUGCUUGUGAAACUACAGAUGAAGUGAUUAUUGUGAUUACGUCAGCCCCGAUCACCACCAGCACCUAUGCGCCGACGGAGGCCGAAGACGUCAUAAUGUUUUCUUACGGUGAAUUCGAGGCGUUGUCAUCUGUUGCAGCAAUCACUCCCCGUUUUAUACAGUUAGUUCUGCCCGCAUUGGUGUUGCUUAUGACACUGUGGACAUGAGUUGCAUAUCUGAGAAAAGGGACAGCGAGGUUUAUUGGAUCCAGGCAAUGAUAGUUCUGAUAAGACGACCGAAAUCCCCGACUUCGCGGAUUUACAACCAUACAAGAUGGUAGUUUACCGUCCAACAGCCCGGAUAGGGUGAUUGAGAAAUAACAGUGGACGCACUCCAUGUUUCCUCUGGGCCAAGAGGCAAUACAGUAUACAUUCAAUGUAUCUUCCUAAUUCAGGCAUUAUGCUGUUUAAUUGUGAUACAAACCGGGAAAUGUACUAGGGCCUGUGCUAUUAUAUUAUCAUCAGAAAUUAUGUUUAUAUAUGCAGUAUUGUGAGUUGUAUUGUAAGUUGUAUUGUAAGUUAUUUGUAAAUAAGCUACAUAUAUUUGUAAAUUAUGCAUUUUUAUAUGAAAAAAAUAACAAAAGACAAUACAAAUAUAGAGGAAUGAGAUUUUAAUAAAUAAUUUAACAUAAUUAUGUAAUUUUAUAUUUUUAAACUGGGUAUCACUAAAUAAAAUCAUAAAAUCACA